AUGAAGCUCAACGUGUCCCUCGCUCUAGCCAUCUCCGCUUUGGUGAAGCUCCAGCACGUCGUGAGUCCCGUACUGGCGUCGACCAACCUCCUGGACAGCGACAACUUCUUCGUGUGCGGCUCCAAGGUGCCUGGUAUGAACGGCCACUACGUGUUGCAGCCACCGGACGUGGUGCAGUCGGACCCAGACACGCCCGUAUUCUUCAGAGAAGAUGGCGAAGACGAAGCUCUAGCUACAGAUUUCCGGCUGUUCCGUCACAACGGCUUCUGGAUGAUCGCCGACGUCGAACCGUGGCCGCCAGUUACGCACUUCCGCUGCGAUCCCACCAAGACGCAGGUCAUCGGCGUGGACGUCGCUGAAGUGUGCGGCUUGGGGCAGAUUACGCCACCUCGGAUCGGCUAUUCGCCUGCCGAUCCCAAGCUGGGCGACUUCUCUCUCACUCUACAUCGCCAUACCUGUCAAGAAGAACUACAGAUUGACACACGUAGGAACUUCUCUCGAAAGGAAGAGCUUUAA